AUGGCCCGAAAAGACAUAAACCAAGCAAUGAGUGACUGGCAAUAUCUGGAUCCAACACCUAUAGAAACUAGUAAAGGAUCAGUGUGCAGUGGCCCUAUCUGGGUCAAAAGCAUCAGAGAUGGAGAUGUGGAUACUGAUUCUGAUGGCCCUCGUGUAUUUUGUAUGCUAAAUGCAAGGAGUACAGCCUGGGUUUCUCAAGGUAGAGGCAAGAAGACAAAACUGCACUGUGAUAUCUGGCCUUGUGGGCAAUGUAUCAGCACCAAGAGUGUUGGAGGAGAUUUGCGUGAGGAUGUCACUGAUGCUUACAAGCAUGAAUUAGGUUUUCUGCAAGAGAAAAAAGCCUUCUAUAAAGCUUGCAGAAAAAUCAAUUCUCAAUACCUCAAUGCUCCCAAUUCUGAAAUUGACAAAGAUAUAGCAUCCCAGAGAAACAAAACUUUGAAAGACACUGGGAUGACAAUGAAAUUUAAGAUGGCUAAUUGUCCCCUUUAUGGUCAAGAUGUUCAAAUAAAGUGGAUGCUUGAAAACUUGUCGAAUGAGACUAAAGAAAGAAAAUUCAACCUUUGUGCUCAAGGAAUGAUAUAUAAUGGCUGUUCACUGGAUCCAAUCUGGAAAGACUGUGUGCAUGUUACACUUGGCCCCAAAGAAGUGAAGACGAUCAAGAUAGAGAUACCCUAUGAAAGUUAUGGCUCACACCUUUGUGAUUAUAAUAUUAUGAGGGUAGCAGCUGUCUCAAUGCCAGAGCCUAAGGGAGAAAUCAUGAUGGUGGAGAGGGAUAUCCUGAUUGACAGCCUACCCAUUGAGAUAAAGGUUUUUAACUAUCCGAAAUUGAAUGCACCAUGUUCAGCUGAAGUCACCUUCUCUAAUCCCCUCAAAGAAGAUCUCAAGAACUGUGUGCUGCACUUGGAGGGUUAUGGACUGUUUGGUGAGCCAAUCGCUACUGAACUGGGAACACUGGCUGCUAAUCACAAGGCACAAACAUGCGUUGAGUUUACUCCAUAUAGGAAUGGCAAACACCGAUUCAUUGCCAAUGUCAGCUGCAACAAGUUCUGUAACUGCAAAGGAUAUGCCAAUGUAGACAUGGGGAAUCCCCCAGCAACCUCUGGAGAAGGAGGAGCCUAAGUAAUACAAGAGGGAAAACACUGAAUCUGUAAAUAAUAAAUAUAUGUUUUGUAGUUCUA